AUGCAAUCAGAGGAUUUUGAUAACUCUCAAUGUAUUAAAGAUAUAGGAAGUGAUCAAUCGCUAACAAUAGUGCAUGUCUUAUAUAUUUGUGUCGAAAAUUUGCUUUGCGUGCUAUUUCAAUUUUUUCAAAUAUAUUUUGGUUUCAAUGCGUUAUUCCACGAACAAUCAUUUCAACUUAUAGCUAUUGCAGUAUUUGAUCUAGGGUGGUCCUUGUAUGGGAUUGCGACGAUUGUAUAUGGUGUUUUAAUGGUAAAAGCUUUUGGGAAGGGGUUGAAGAAAUUUUUUGUUAAAUCGUCGUCAAAAUCAACUUCACUCGACGAAGAAGAAACGAAUAUUAGUUCACCUAAAAAAUGGGCAAUUGAUGAUGAAUAA